AUGCUAGUACACCGAAGCACAGAGUCGCUUGUCAUCGAGAGAUUGGACAUCCCAGCCACAGCACAGAGAGCCCUUCCGUCGAACGGGACUCAUUCAUCUUCUUGGAUGAAGACUAUCGAGAGUUGGAACAUGAUGAACUAUCACCAGUCAAGAUUACGAGGACGAUGGGAACCUUGGUAUUAUGAUUUCUACAAUUACCUCAAGGACGGGUUCAUAUCAGAGUACGCCACUCGUGGUCAGAGGAGAGCCUGGAGGAGAACUUGCCCGACGAUUUGUGAUCUUGGGAGAUGUCCUUUACAAAAGGUCCUUCAAGGGUGCACCCUUCAUCGAAAGAGUAGGCGGUUGAAAGACCCACCUCUGAAUAAACCUUUAGCAGAAGGAAGAUUUGAAUCCUUUCUUUCGAGGGUAAUCCGCCAGUCUCUAGACUGGAAAAGAUUCAAUCCACUUCUUGACCGGCUUCUUAGGUGCUGCUUAGGCCUGCUUCUAUGUCCUGUAACUUCUAAGGCUUCUCACAGGCAUUUGCUUUAA